GAGAGAAGCUUUGAAGUUCAGCAAGUUGUUUACUCGUGUGAAAGAUUUCUGUACUUUUUGCAGCUGAAUUGUAGGAGUUCUGAGUGAUUUGUAGCAGCUGCGCUUUGACAUACAUAUAUAUUUUAAAAGAUAACUCCAUGGGCUAAGACCCAUGUCUCAGACUAGAUGGCAUUGUCAGUGAAAUCCCAAGGUGAGAGUUAAAGGUACACAACAUACCCCCAAGGAGGUCCCAAAAGACAGAUAAGGACACAGGGCUUACAUGGGUGCACCCCCUGGGGCAUCACAAAGGGCACCACUCCCAGACUGUCAGGAAUUUCCACCCAGGGAAUCAACAGAUCUAUUCUGAAUGCGCAGAGGUCUGCCCACUCAGCUUAUCCUAAGUCACGUGUUUGAACACCUAACAGGCACCAGGUUUGUCACUCGGAAACGCUGUUCUAAGUUUGAUGUGUACCAGGAAGAUUUCUCCAUGUUCAUCUGCUGCUUACUUUUGAAAGGUCUACAAUGACCAAAGUUAUUAAGUGAAAAAUGUUAUCGUGCUAAAUGGAAGCCUGAUAACAGUGUAUAACUGCAGAGGGAUCAGGUGAAAGUUCGCUAAUGGAUGUGUUAACCAAAGUUCUGAAUGAUUGUUGUGUUGGUCCAAAUGUUACACAGUGGAUUGUGAAGUAUGCAGCCUUCUCCUGGCAAAUGGUUGGAUCGAGGAGACCUCUGAUGAAAUGGAAGUGAAAAAUGUUUUUAAAAUCCUGGAGAUAUUUGUCAAUCAGUAUUGUGAAAAAAAAUUGACAGCUAACUGAAAAGGUAAAGCCUGUGGGGACUUGACUGAGAAUGAAAGAAAUUCUGUGAGAAUACUUGUUAAUGGGAGAUUCAUUACUGUGAUAAAGUGAAGUGUCAGAAGUGCUUCAGGUCUGUUGGAUGUAUUCAUAAUCGGGAACGAAUUCAUAAAUAUUAAAUGUGUUUGUUUUAUGAACUUGACAAUUUUCAAACAAUAUAAAGAGUGCUUCUAUAAACUGAGGCCAUCUUUUUUAUGUGCUGUGCUAUAAUGAUUUUCAAGUGCUCCUUGAAUUUCCAAGGCAGUUUGUGUUUUCUUACAAAUUUAGAGAACAUCGUCAAACAUGGUGCUUUUGGUGAAGACCUCUUUAUCAGCUGCCAUUCUAAUGGCAGUACUGAUCAUACCUGUGGAUGUAGUGCAAGUGAACAGUCAGAACCCUGCAACCUCAGAAAUGGUAUGGAAUUCUGGAAGGAGUUCACCUCAACCUGGAAGAACUGAUGCUCAUAGCAAAUUGCUCAUGCUGUUAUUUUCACAGCCUCGAAAAGUGCCCAAAAGUGAUACUGUUAUUUUAAGCAACGUUGCAAGUGGAUUUACAGACUAUUACACUAGAUAUGCUAGAGAUAAGAAGCCGCUUUCACAUGUCAGAAGUUUUCAUCAAGACAGAGCAGAGCAAUAUAAUUCAUUACAGUUUUUACGUCACAACUCAGUGAAAAAGUUUAUGAAAAACAUCAUUUUGUCUAAGGGAUUUAGUUCGACAUGGGGCCCUGCUAAUGCAAGGGUCAGAAGACAAGCAUCCACCCUGGCUGUGACACCUAUAAUUUCCACUGUUACUGAGGGUGCCCCUUCUCUCAGCCUACCCUCAGUAAACGUUCCUAGCAGUAGUAACACCUCCACAAAUAUUGUACCUUCCCCUGAGCCAUCACCUGAAACCAGAGCAGGUGUAGAUUUCAAGAAUAAGACAACAGGAAGAAAUCCAAGUGUUGUUGUUGUUGAAAAUACCUCACAAUCUAAUGCCACGAAAAUUUCAACUUCUGUUACGACACUGUCCCAAAUUAGCGUAGCCUCAGGCAAAGGAAACAAAGCAGGUGGGACGUCAUCAAACACCACGCCAUUGUUACUUGUAAGUAGAAGCAGUGAUGCAUCACUAAAUUCCUCAUAUCUAACUGAAAAUUCUAGUAUGUCUAAAUUUAGUCGCAGUCCUGAUAAUGUGACUGCCAGUACAGGUGAGCCUCAGGCUAGUGCAACUACUGACUACACUGACACACAAAUACUUCUUACACAGACAUCACCUGGAAGUGCCGGCGAGAACAUUCCCACUCUCACUCCAGAGCCGGGAAAACCUCCAUUAGGGACUUUAACUCAGGGAGAUAUCACUAAGCCACCACCAACAACAGCAACAUCCAAGACCAUAGUUACCCAGAUUUCACACACAUCUACAGGCAACACUAUUUACAGCAAUGAGAAAAUUACAACGGCUAGUCCCCAGUCAUCAGCCGCUAGCUCUAGAGUAGUUACUAAUGGGACAGCUGUAGAUGGAAAGACAAGUUUACCUGAGCCUGAGACGAGUUUACCUUCAUCCGAACCCGUACCUGAAGGUGAAGGAACACCUGAACCUGAAGCUGAGACAAUGAAUCCUGAAAACAACACAGAAGAACCCACUGCUGAGCCUAUUAUACCAUUCGCUGAGCCGGUACCCAACUUUGAAGAGGCAAAGAAGGUGUGGAAAGAAGCAUGGCCAAUACACAUCUACUCUAUGGGGACGGCAUUCUCCCUGUUAGCUGUUUUCUCUCUGAUCAGCAUCAUUCGACUGUGGAGGAUCAAGCACCUGUUCAGCCAGAAGUACUUUAUCUCGUUGAACCUUCUGAUGUUCCUGAUGGGUGUCAUUCGUGGUGUUUACCUGCUGGUCGAUGGAUAUAAUUCCAGGCAAAUCUUUUCUCGUGUCCUGGACUAUUUUCUGCUAAGCACAGGAUUUCCGUGCCUCACCUCUGCAUUCAGCAUUUUGUUUUUCGCUCUUCUACAAGCUACAAGAAUGCAGCUUGUUGGACCAAAGGUACAGAAAAUUCAAGUGCUGAUUGCCAUUAUAGUGUGCCAUUUUGGAAUUUCCAUCAUCACAGACGUUGUCGUGGGUUAUUUUUACGGUGCCAGGAUAAUGUUAUUUCUGUGUGAACUGAUAUCAGUCCUGUGGGGACUUUUUCUUGUGAUAGGGUACUGCUACAUCUUCAGGAGACUAUAUGCAGCUGCCUUAAAGAGACAAAGGGUCAUGGAAAGACUAAGUAAUGUUCGCAGCAGCAGGUCCCCGGGAGUAAAUGGUACAUCCCAGAAUAUAUCUGACAGAAAACCAUCACGAACUGAUAGUUCUGUCACAGUGAAACCUUCACAAAAAUACACACUGAGCCUUGCUGUUAAAGUGACUCUGGGCACAGCCAUUCUAGGACUGGUCUAUAUUGGCCUAGAAAUGUUUGGUAUGUUUGGUGUUUUCGGUGUUUUUUCACAGAAAGUACCUGAACCCUGGCCAUGGUGGGGCUUCGAGUUUGGCCUUCGGCUUGUGGAACUAUUCAUGUGCGUGACAAUGAGCUACAUUGGGACUCAGCCAUUCAGACCUAGAAUUGCAAAUCAAGUCGGACGAUCUCAGACCGGGUCUAGAACCAGUGCAUCCACCUCCCCAAUUUAAUCCGGUGAAACUGAUCAGCUCCAGCAAAGUCCCAGAAUCAGAGAAACAGAUUGAAUCCCUUGGUCUGCAACAAUCUGGGAAGGCUAAGAAUGGUUCAGUACCCACAACAAAUGGGUCCAGCUCUCCAAAGAAGACUUCAAAGACAAAGAAGAACCAGGAAGAAAGGUCAAAAACUGUGGAUUCUGAUCAAAGUGAAUGUUAGAUAAUGUUACAGUCCGGAUUCAUAUUUUUUUAUGGUUUAAUUUUAUUUGUAUUCGGCUUUUUUGUGUAGUUUUAAAGGAAAGAUACUGACAUUCCAUAUGAGGAAUUAAAUAUUCAGAAAAGUUACUAAGAUUUUACAGAUGAGUGUUUUUUUUUUUCCAUUUAUCUCAAGUUGGUCAAGAUAUAUUUUUGUCCUCAUUGCAGUCAGCAAUUUCAUCUCAAAAGUACAUACAUGUAUAAAUGAAGUCACACUUCACUUGCAGGUAUACAUUUUCGUGAUCGGUACUAUAUUUUUUCUAUAAACUUCAAUGAAACUUAUGUACUCUGAGUGCUAGUAAUUAUUGGUUUCCUUUUUACAAUGUGGAUUCCAGCCAAACUGAUACAUUUUGCUGUUGUAAUCUCAGCUACCUUGUAGUGUGACAUGGGAGGCAAUUGCUCUAUAUUAGACUGGAGUUAAAAUCAAGCACCUCAGUUUGCACAGGAUACUGUUAAAUUCUCAUGUGCUUUAUUUGACCUGAUUCUGAGGUCAAAGUAGUAUUUUGUUCAUGUCCAAAUUACUUAUUUUGCCCUAUUCUGAGCACCCUAUUGAUCUUAGAAAGAUGUUUUGAGGUUGUUUAAAAGGUAGGAUGAUACCUUACUGGGAAAAUAUAGUUCAACACCAAAGGUAAUACUUAAUUUGUCCCUUAAACUGCACUUUUUGUUCAGAUUUUAGGACAAACACUUUCCUCCCUGAAGGGUUGCAAAGAUAAAGAGUUUUUUCGAGAGUUACUCAUGUAGAGAGCAGAGGAUUAUUGGUGCAUUGUUCUUGCUCUUCCAAAAUGGCCUCCAAAAUUGAUUUAUUCCAUUUACAUGUAUUCUUCUGCGGUCACCAUUUUCCCUGCAUCUCAUCUCAUGGUAUACUGAGGGUGGUAAUUAUAUCAUUUGUCUGUGAAAUCACCCUUCCAAACCUCUCAUAGAUCAUGUGCAUAUAGCAAUGAGAGUAUUUGAGCAAAUGUUCAAGAAAUGUUCCCCGGUAAGCACAUACAUUCCUGUAUGUUAAAUUUAACACAUUUGUGUUUACAUUGGCAGACUCCCCUUGCAGAAACAUUGACAAUGCAUGAAGGAACACAAAAUUUUAUAUCUUGUUUGGGGGGAGGGGGAGGGAAGAAAAUGUAUGGAUAUAUUUUUGUUCCUUUUAUUUUUGAAAUAUGCUUUAAUGGCCUAAUUUUGAGGUCAAAUGGAAAUUAGAACAUGAUUCUUCUUGUGCACAUAACCCUGUUCAUGCUGAAGAUGCAUGUAUCAACAAAAGCAUGUUUGUGCAGAUGUAUGUAAACUUCGUAGUUAAGUUUAAAACAUAAAUUGUGAUGAUUGUUAAAUGUGCUGUCUUGAGACUAUUGUAAAAUUUGCUGUGAAAUAUAUAUGUGUUUGUAUUGUGUCAUUUAUAUAAGUUUCUUUUUUGCCCUGUUGUAAUAAGAAUAUUGCUCUUAUUAUGUGUGAAGUCUGUGUCUGAUUGCAGUAGGAUAAAGACUUCUUUAUCUUUGGAGCUUUAAUUAGUUAUAUACGGAAUGCGUGCGAAGUUAAUUUUAAAACAACUUAAUGAUGUGAGAAAAUAUGGUUAAGUGUUAAGGAGAAAUGUUAACAGAAAAAAUUUGCUUCAAAAACACUUAAAAUGUAGACAGGAGUUUUGUGUCGAAACAACAAAAUGACGUUCAAUGAGGAAUAAAGGUAUCAGCAGCUUUUGUUGUGUUCAUGUUUGAAAAACAAAAAUGAAACUUUCCACACUAACUUGUAAUCUAGAUGUAAUUUUCGUUACCGGUACUGCAUUUUUAAAGAAUUAAUGAAUGUAUUCAUGAAAACAUUAAGCAGGUAUAUAUAUUUUUUAUUUCUAUUUUUCUUUUAUAAGUCUACAAGAUGCAACUGCUUUUGAAUACUGGCUUUGGAAACUUGGUGUUAAAAAAAUGUUGCUCAGGUAAAAAUUUGCCAAAAUCUAAAUUAAUUUUUUGAUUGGAAAUACUUGUAUUUGGGUCAAAGGUGUGUACGAAGAGAUCUGUACUCAGCAAAUAUCCAAUGGUCAUUACCUUUAUCUGUCUCGUUCCAAAUCACACCUUCAUCUCUGCUUUUUUUAUUCUAGAUCUGUGUCAUGUACACACAUUUUCAUUCCUAGGUCUUUGACUGGCAGGUGGUCUUGUCUGUAAUCCUGUACUUUUCAUGACUGCAUGUUUUAUCAAGGGUCUAUGGCCUAUUAAUUUGUGCUUGAGAAGGAAAAAAUAAUUAAGGCAGAUUUUUCACCUGUAUACCUGCAGGGCACGUAUUAAUUGAGCAGCUCGGUCAAGCUACAUGUAACGGUAGUUUACAUGGUGUGUUGUGAGCUUUUAGAGAUAUGUACUGUCAAUUCAACUGUAAGACAAAGUUUAAAAAAUAUUACCCAUGCAUGUCACCUGUGUUUUUGUGGGUAUAACAGAGAAAUAUCUAAGUACAUCUGUCUUGAAAAAAGGGAAAUAAUUUUCUUAAUUUUUGGCUUUUGACAAUUUUUGUCACACUUUUGCAUGAUUAC